GCCAUAAAGUGCUACACUUACCCCCCUGCCUAAAAAAAAGACAGAGCAUUUUCCAGGCACACCAAAAUUUUAAAAUGAGCAGUGAGGAUGAGAGCGAGAAGCAAGCCACACCCACACGGAGUGAAGUGGUAGUUGUGAUGGUUCCUUUCCCUGCACAAGGCCAUCUCAACCAGCUCCUCCACCUCUCCCGCCUCAUUUCCUCCCACAAUAUUCCGGUUCACUAUGUCAGCUCCACCAUCCACACCCGCCAAGCCAAACUUCGCGAUCCUCUCUCAACUCCCAACAUGAUGAUCACAUUUCAUGAUUUUUCAGUACCUGUGUUCUCUUCGCCUCCCCCUGAUCCACACUCUUCUGUCAAAUUUCCUUCGCAUCUUCUACCAACUUUCUACGCUGCCUUGCAUCUCCGAUCCCCAGUAGCUCAGCUACUAUCUGCUCUGUAUCCAACUACCAAAAGACUUGUCAUAAUUUACGAUUCUCUGAUCCCCUCUGUCAUUCAAGACGUGGCUUCGAUACCCAAUGGGGAAGCUUACUCUUUUCAGUCCCUGUCAGCCUUUCGAAUAUCAUCAUACUACUGGGAAUCUGUGGGGAGGCCUCAGGGGAUCGACGAUCAGAUCGCGAAAGAGGUUCCUUCUAGAGCAUCUACUCUGACUCCGGAAGUCAUGGAGUUUGUUAAUAAGCAGGAGGAGCAUACUAAGUACAGCUCAGGAGCAAUUUUCAAUACUUGUCAAGCGAUUGAGGCUCCAUUUCUUCAAGUGCUCGCAAAAGUGAACAAGAAACAAUGGGCCAUCGGGCCAUUCAACCCUAUUGAGAUAAGUAAGAACAAUUCAUCACGUCACGAAUGUUUGGAGUGGCUAGACAAACAAGCUCCGGAUUCUGUCAUAUUUGUUUCUUUCGGCACAACAACGAGUCUAACAAAUGAGCAAAUUGAGAGGCUUGCCGUUGGGCUUGAAAACAGUGGCCAAAAAUUCAUUUGGGUAUUGCGGGAGGCAGACAGAGGAGACAUAUUUGCAGAGGAUGCAAGAGUGUGCAACUUGCCCGAAGACUACGAAGAAAGAAUAAAACUCAACGAUCAGGGAAUUAUAGUCCGAGACUGGGCGCCCCAGUUGGAGAUCUUGGCGCACACAUCAACAGGCGGAUUUAUGAGUCAUUGCGGAUGGAAUUCAUGCAUGGAAAGUAUCACACAGGGAGUUCCCAUAGCAGCCUGGCCUAUGCACUCUGACCAGCCUCAUAAUGCGCUCUUAGUGACUAAGGUUCUGAAAAUCGGAAUUUUUGCAAGGGAUUGGGCGCAUAGGGAUGAGCUAGUGGAAUCGUCGACGAUCGAGAAGGCUGUUAGAGUAUUGAUGGCUACAGAGGAAGGAGAAGCACUGCGGAAGAGAACUGUAGAGUUGGGCAAGGCCGUGAGGAGAUCAGUUGAGGAAGGAGGUGACAGUCACAUGGAGAUUCAUGAUUUCAUUGCUCACAUCAAAAGAUUAACAGGCGAUUCCAAAGUGCUUUCGGGGUAGAUUGUCAUUAGUCACGUUCUAUUUCUAUUUUUAAUAAUCCGUCAGCAUCACUGCUUUUCAAUAAUGAAUCCAUUUGUGAUAGAACGUGCUGACCGCGGCUGUUUCUAGCUCAACAUGCUUAAUAAUGCUAUGGAAAGUGGAAACGGACAAAGUUUUUUUUAUGUCAAGGGAAACAGACAAUUUCUGUUCAUAGAUAACCAUAAAACAAAGAUACAGCAAAGAAAAAAAGAU